AUGAAUCAAUUACCGGAGGAUCCUUGUAUGCAGGAAAUCCAGCGACUGAGAGCUGAUUACGAGGCAAAAAGAGCGCGGUCUAACCUUGAUUCUGCUGGUGACAGACGGUGCAUCCGGCUGGCUGAUAUUCCCGGCACUAUUUCUGGGGAUAUACUCCGCUUGAAACAAAAUCUGCCCGACUCAGUCGACCACGGCGAUCAUGAAAUCAUCGGUGACAAAGUACGCCCCAUCUUGAAUCCCCCACCGCCUCCAGAGCUAGAUGACGACUCCGAGGAACUUGAUACAAUCCUUGCCUCACUCCCGAUCGUCGACGUCGAUUCCAGCAAACGUUUUGUCAAGAAAGGCAAAUACAAGAGCGAAAUUAGGAACCUACUCGAAUGUGAAGGUUGA